GAACAGAUAUAAAUAGCUCCAGCAACUGAGGUGGCCACUGGAUAUACUGUUGUAAAACCUACCGAGGGAUUGCAGCCAUUUAUCUGAAGGGAAAAAAGGUUCAAUCAAUAAAUACUAGCAACACCUUGUAUUCUGAGCCUUUCAUAUGGAUGCAGAGGUAGAAGAUGACUUCUAUCAGUCAGAGGACGAGUUGGAUGAAGAUGAAGCAACACAAUAUAUAAUUGAACAAAGUCUCAUUCAAUAUAGAAAGCUCAAAGGGCUGAAUCCAAGUGAUUUGAAACCCAGUGAGGAUCCAGAUGAGAUUUUCAAAGCAAUAAAAGAUGGUGAUGAGGAAGCAUUGAACAAACUGAUUCUUCAACAAGACACUCUGUCCAGAGUUGAUGAACGAGGGUGGAUCCCACUGCAUGAGGCUGCAGUGUGGGACAACAAACGCAUACUAGAGAUUAUUUUCUCAGCAUCACCCCCAGGUGCAGCCCAGUGUCGCACUGUUAAGGGUGAGACACCCUUGUUCCUGGCCGUGGUCCAUGGACUCCGAGAGGCUGCUACAUUCCUUCUACAGAACGGUUGUAGCCCGGAUGUUCAGAACGAUGAGCAGGAUUCUCCUUUAGUGGCAGCUAUUCUGAAUGACCAGUAUGACUUGGCCACGCUGCUGCUCCGCCACAACGCCGCCGUGGACCAGACGGGACCACUGAGCAGGACCGCUCUACAUGAGUGCGCCUUUCUAGGUCUGGAGAACUUCGUGCACCUGCUCCUAGCGUCUGGUGCUGACCCAAAUGCCUGCGACAUCAAAAAGAAAACUCCUCUGGCUUUGGCAGCACAAAAUGGACAUUUGAAUGUGGUGGAGGCGCUGUUACAAAAAGGAGCUCAUGUGUGGUGUGAAUCGGAGUCAGGCACCGUUUUAUUUGAGGCUGCGGCUUCAGGAAACCCGGACAUCAUCUCAUUACUGCUGGAACAUGGAGCAGAUCCCAACCAGCCUCUGUACAGUGGGCACCUGCCAAUUCACCGGUCGUCCUACCACGGACACAGACUGGCACUUGAGCACCUGAUCCCAGUGACUAAAAUGAGUGCCGUGAAGGAAAGCGGGAUGAGUCCUCUCCAUUCUGCGGCUGCUGGGGGACACGCUCCGUGUGUGGAGGUUCUGCUCAAAGCUGGCUACGACCCAAACUUCAUGCUGCACCCGAGGGUGCGCCGCAACUACGACGAUGAGCGCCGGUCCGCCCUCUUUUUCGCCGUGUCCAACAACGACCUCCAGUGCACCCGCCUGCUCCUAGAGGCCGGGGCGAUGGUGAACCAGGACCCCGUAAACUGCCUGCAGGUGGCUCUCAGGCAGGGCAACUACGAACUGAUCAACACGCUGCUGAAAUCCGGGGCAAAUGUAAACUACUACUCCCGCAUCAACACCACCCACUUCCCCUCGGCGCUGCAGUACGCUCUGAAAGACGAGGUGAUGCUGAGGAUGAUUCUAAACCACGGUUAUGAUGUGAAGCGCUGCUUCGACUGUCCGUACGGCGACAGUCGCCACGACUACGCUUCCUGGACAACCUCAGUCAUCAAAGACAUGGUGUUCUGUGAGGUCAUCACUGUGUCGUGGCUGAAGCACUUGUCUGCUCAGGUGGUUCGCAUCAUGCUCGACUACACCGACCAAGUCUCCUUCUGCAACAAACUGAAGGAAACACUGAUGGAGCAGAAACAGUGGCCGGAUAUUUGUACCGUCCAACGAAACGCACGCAGCCUGAAGCACCUGUGCCGGUUGCGGAUAAGGGAACAUCUUAGUCGCCUGCGCUUGAGAGCCCCAGUUUUCAUCAACUUCCUUCCUCUUCCACCUCGGCUGAAAGAUUACCUUCGCUACAAGGAGUUUGAUGUUUACAGCAGAGGCAGCGUCAUCAACCCCUAGGGACAAUACAGCGCUCACAGACACAAGUUUGCUUUGUUAAUGUCAGCAUUGUGUAUUUAGUGUAAUGCUAUUUGUACAUUUUCUUUAAAUAGCUACAUUUAAAGGUUAGUGCCUUGUGUAAAAAUGCUAUAGUUAUAAUGACUAAUGGGGGAAUUUGGAUUCUAACAACACAUUUUAGUUUUAAUUAAUAAUGCCUGUUAACACACAAAUUUAAUGAGAAAAACCUCUGAAUAUAAUGCACUCCAGUUGGACUCCAAGACCUCAGUAAUAAACAGACUAUUGUGGAAA